UAGGAAUGGUUAGGAACAUGUUGGCGGCAGAUUGCAGGUUAACGAAUACAUAACACUGCCAGAAAACAAUAACUUUAGCAAGUCAAAUAAAAAUGAAUUUAGAAUUAUUAGAAUCGUUUGGACAGAAUUAUCCAGAGGAAUUUGAUGGUACAUUAGACUGUAUAUCAUUAGCGGUAACUUGUACCUUCAACAAGAGGGGAACUCUUCUUGCUGUUGGGUGUAACGAUGGUAGAAUUGUCAUUUGGGAUUUUUUAACACGAGGUGUUGCAAAAAUCAUUAGUGCACAUGUACAUCCAGUAUGCUCAUUAAGUUGGUCUAGGAAUGGGCAUAAAUUAUUAAGUGCCUCUACAGACAAUAAUGUUUGCAUAUGGGAUGUUUUAUCAGGGGAAUGUGAUCAAAAAUACAGAUUUCCUUCACCUAUAUUAAAAGUACAAUUUCAUCCAAGAAAUCUUAACAAAUUCUUAGUAUGUCCAAUGAGACAUGCAGCAGUAAUGGUUGAUGUUGAGGGUUCACAUAGAGUUAUACCUCUUGAUGAUGAUAGUGAUUUAAAUAUAGUAGCAUCUUUUGAUCGACGUGGAGAUUAUGUAUAUACUGGAAAUGCUCGUGGUAGAAUUCUAGUCCUUGAUGCAGAAUCUCUAACUGUAAAAGCAUCAUAUAAAAUAUCACAAGGCACUGCAAGUAAUACAGCUGUAAAAAGUAUUGAAUUUGCAAGGCGAGGUUCCUGUUUUUUAGUAAAUACAUCAGAUAGAGUAAUUCGAGUGUACGAUAGUACAGAAGUAUUAGCAUGUGGUAAAGAUGGUGAACCUGAACCAAUACAAAAAUUACAAGACCUUGUGAACAAAACUAUGUGGAAAAAAUGUUGCUUUUCUGGAGAUGGAGAGUAUGUAUGUGCUGGAUCCGCAAGACAACAUGCUUUAUAUGUGUGGGAGAAGAGUAUUGGAAAUCUAGUAAAAAUUUUACAUGGAACUAAGGGAGAAUUAUUACUUGAUGUUGUGUGGCAUCCUGUGAGACCAAUUAUUGCUUCUAUAUCAUCUGGUGUAGUUUCUAUUUGGGCACAAAAUCAAGUUGAGAAUUGGUCUGCAUUUGCGCCAGAUUUUAAGGAAUUGGAUGAAAAUGUUGAGUAUGAAGAAAGGGAGAGUGAAUUUGAUUUGAGCGAUGAAGAUAAGUCUGUAGUCCAAGGUGAAGAAGCCCAGGAUGAAGAGAUUGAAGUAGAUGUUGCAUCUAUUGAUAGAGUUGCUGCUUUUUGUAGCUCUGAUGAGGAAAUGGAAGAUAUUGGUUCACUGCAAUUUUUACCAAUAUCACCAGAUGUAGAAGAUUCAGAAGAUAAUCAAACAACGCCUCAUGAACCACCUAUGAAAAAGCAUCGUUCUCAUGAUAUUAAUUUGCAGGGAGCACCUGUAGAUGAAACUCAUCCAUUAUUGAAUAAAGGAAAAGAUAAACCAACAACUAAAAAAGGAAGGCCACGAUUGGAGCACAGAAAGGGGAAAUAAUUCAGAAUGUAUUCUUUGUACAUUCUUAGU